AUGUCUGUCACCACAACAGCUACCAUCGCUUCUUUCGGCGGCAAGUUGCUCAAGCUCAGCCAUGCCGCAACCACCACAAAAUGCGAGAUGAAAUUCAACCUCUAUCUGCCCCCGCAGGCCCAGACCCAAAAGGUCCCCGUGCUGAUUUACCUCUCCGGUCUGACAUGCACCGCCGAGAACUGCUCCGAGAAGGGCUUCUUCCAGCACGGUGCGAGCAAGAAGGGCAUUGCUGUGCUCUACCCUGACACCAGCCCACGCGGUCUUAACAUCCAAGGCGAGGAUGAUGCGUAUGACUUCGGUUCUGGUGCUGGCUUCUACGUCGAUGCCACUAAGGCCCCCUACAACGCGGGCUAUAACAUGUAUAGCUAUGUUACCGAAGAGCUGCCCAAGACUGUCUUCGAUGCCUUCCCCCAAUUGGAUGCUAGCCGUGUGAGUAUCACCGGUCACAGCAUGGGUGGACAUGGUGCUCUCACUUUGUUCCUUCGCAACCCGGGUAAAUACAAGUCCGUCUCUGCUUUCGCGCCUAUCACAAACCCCACAAACUGCCCCUGGGGCCAGAAGGCCUUCAAGGGCUACUUUGGCGACGACCAGCAGGACAAGUGGAAGGAGCACGACGCCACCGAGCUGAUCAAGAAGUGGAACGGUGGUCCUCUGGACAUACUAAUCGACGUGGGCACCGGUGACAACUUCUAUAAGCAAGGCCAACUCCUCCCUGAGAACUUCGAGGCCGCUGCCCGUGACGCAGGCAUCAAGGGCCUUAACGUCCGCUACCAGCCGGACUAUGACCACUCUUACUAUACUAUGUCCUCUUUUGCGGAUGACCACGUCGAGCACGCGGCCAAGUAUCUCUUUGCAUAG